AUUUUUAAGUGUAUAUGCAUGCACGUUUGUUUUAUAGUAUUCUUAACCGAUGAACUUGUAUAUAUAUAUGUGUGACUCUCCAUUUGCUUAUAUAGUUAGGUGCUUGGACCGCACAUGCAACUCAAAGUGCAAAAAUUCUUUAGUCUGAUAAAAACUUCUUCUCCCUUAGCUACCUUUUCUCUUCUCUUUAGAGCUAAAUACACGUUUACAGGAAUCAAACUAAGGUGUUAAAUAAACACUAGUUCUAGGCAAGAAAAACAUUGAUCAGCAACAAGAAAAUGACUUUGGCUUCACCUGAGAAAGUUGUUCUUGGCUCAAUUGCUUUUGGGCUCUUUUGGAUUCUAGCAGUGUUUCCUGCAGUUCCAUUUCUGCCAAUUGGAAGAACAGCAGGCUCGCUGCUCGGCGGCAUGUUGAUGAUCAUCUUCAGAGUCAUAACACCAUCACAAGCAUAUGCAGCCAUUGAUCUCUCAGUUCUUGGCCUCCUUUUUGGGACUAUGGUGGUGAGUAUCUAUCUAGAAAGAGCCAAUGCUUUCAAGUACUUGGGCAUACUUUUUUCGUGGAAGAGUCGCGGGGCCAAAGACUUGUUAUGCAGAAUCUGCAUUUUCACUGCUGUAACAAGUGCACUCUUCACUAAUGACACUUGCUGUGUUCUUCUUACUGAGUUUAUCUUAAAAGUUGCUAGGGAAAACAACAUACCAGCUCACCCUUUGUUGCUAGCACUGGCCUCAAGUGCUAAUGUUGGAUCCUCUGCUACUCCAAUUGGCAACCCCCAAAAUCUGAUUAUUGCUAUUCAGAGUGGCAUAUCUUUCGGGGACUUUAUAUUGGGAAUUCUCCCUGCAAUGCUUGUGGGGAUUGUUGUUAAUGCUUUGAUUCUUUUAGGCAUGUAUUGGAAGAUAUUAUACAUGAAGAAAGAUGAAGAAACAGCUUUGGAGGAGGUGAAAUGUCCUGAUGAUGCAGCCUCACACCAAUUCUCACCAGUUCACAUGUCACAUAGGCCAUCUUUUGAGGACAAUAAUCCCACUUCUGAGUUCAGAAGCUCACCAAACCAAGUGAGCUUGUAUGCAACCGCGGGCGAAGGAAAUAUUCGUAGAUCUCCAUGUGGUGGUGGUGAUGUUGAGUCUGGGAGGAACUUAAGUGGUUGUUCUAGAGAAGGGGCUGCAGUUGAUUCUUUUGCAAGAAAGUUGGAGGAAAAGAUUGCUUUGGAAGGAGAACAUGGACUUCAAGAAAUGGCUAACUGUAUCGAAAAUGGCAUCCCCAUUGAGCCAGCUGAGAAAAAAGAAACUUUGAUCAAGAAAUGGAGGAGAAAAUCAUGGAAAGCUUGUCUUUACCUUGUCACUCUUGGAAUGGUCGUUGCAUUGCUUAUGGGGCUAAACAUGUCAUGGACUGUACUUACAGCAGCACUUGUUCUUAUGGUUCUUGAUUUCAAGGAUGCUGGACCAUGUCUUGACAAGGUCUCCUACUCUCUCCUAGUUUUCUUCUGUGGAAUGUUCAUCACAGUAGAUGGCUUUAACAGAACAGGAAUUCCCAGCACUUUGUGGACUAUAAUGGAGCCUCAUGCACGAAUUGAUCAUGCUGGUGGGAUAGCUGUUCUAGCCAUUGUCAUACUAAUACUCUCAAAUGUUGCUUCAAAUGUACCUACAGUUCUCUUACUUGGAGGAAGAGUGGCAGCAUCAGCAGCAGCCAUAUCUCCGAGUCAAGAGAAAAGGGCAUGGCUCAUAUUGGCUUGGGUUAGCACAGUAGCUGGGAACCUCUCACUGUUGGGCUCAGCUGCAAACUUGAUUGUAUGCGAGCAGGCUCGUCGGGCUAAGCCAGUUGGCUUCACUCUCUCCUUCUGGACUCAUCUCAAGUUUGGCUUUCCCUCCACUCUUAUAGUAACAGCUAUCGGCUUACUACUUAUCAGGAGUUAAAAAAUAAAACGAAAAAGCAAGCCGCAGUCAAUUGUCCUUUAAGAUUUUAAGCCUUUAAUCCUCCUUUUUUCUGUCACAAAUUAAAUGAAGUAUAUCUUGUAUAACAUGUUUGUAUUUUCCUAGCUUAAUGUCCUUAUCCUAUGUAUUGCUUAGCUAGUACCUCUUGUAAGUUUUGGCAUGAAAUAAUCUCUUACUUUCUCUUCCCUUCAAAAUAUUACCAUAUUGUCUUAAGAAAGGUCUCAAGUUAUUAAAUUAAAUGAAGUAUAGCUUGUAU